CACGGGUCUCGGACUUGGCUAUGAUAGAAAUAUGAAGGUUGCGCGUGCGUCGCUUAGUAUACUCCGAAGGUCGCCAUGCCUUGGGUCCCCGGCUUCCAGGUAUUGUCUCCCGGUUUGGCGCCGUAACUAUAGUACCGAUGGCCUCUCGGAGCAGCAAAUCGAGGACAUAAGGAAUGACAUGAAAGACCGCCCAUUUCAAUGGACUCGGGACUAUAUGUCGCCUACUAAUUCCACAUUGCUCAACGUUGCUCUCGCCGAUUUCAUUCCGCAAGAAUGUAUAUUCGGUACUAUAAACACCAGGAGUAUCAUCGCAAAUAAGCCCCUUCCGGAGGGCCACCAUUUUGCAUAUUUCCCGCUCCAGAAGACCUCCUCGGAAUUAUGUCCUGACGGCACGGAUCCGUUCCACAGCCCCGGCGAUCCGUUUGUUCGGCGCAUGUGGGCCGGCGGCUCCAUCGAUUUCACUGAGACUUUCCGGUUGAACUCGCGUUCCAUCGAUUGCAAGGAAUGGAUAGAGGAUAUCGCCUUCAAAGGCCCCGGGGGGCAGGAGAAGAUAUUCGCCACUAUACGGCGUGAAUACAUGAUGAGUGCUGAUCGCAACGUUCCAUUAGGCGUUUCUCAGGUGCCGAGGAUAACGGAAAGAAGAAGCCUUGUCUUCAUGCGCGGCCUUAGCAAAGAGCAAGCUCGCGAAAACCUAGCGAAGUCGGAGGAAGGAAGGGAAAGGAUUGUCAAGUCUUCCCAUGAGCCCGACUACUCGUUCACAUUCACGCCAACGCCUAGACUCCUCUUCCAGUACAGCGCGUUGACAUUCAACGCGCACUCGAUCCACCUAGACCGAAAUUACUGUCGAGAAGUAGAAGGUCACCGCGACUUACUAGUACACGGUCCUCUCACCCUCACCCUAAUGCUCGCCGCAGUCAGAUCACGAAUUGGGAACCCUCUGAUGAGAAUCACCAAAAUUGACUAUCGAAACCUAGCUCCCCUCUAUGUCAACGAACCUUUGCGCGUUUGUGUUAGGCUCAUCCAGCAGGAAAAUGCCGAUGGCCCCGACCCUCGACAAGAGUGGGAGGUUUGGGUAGAGGAUCGGGAUGGAGGCCUCGCAGUACGAGGCACAGCUCAAGCUAAAACAUUCGUACCUCGCAAACCGUUCAAGGCCAUAAAAUACUACACUGAAACCCUACCAUAACGAUCCUAGUGUAUAACGAUACCCCGAUAUAACGAACCUUUCUUCCGGAUUUUUGAAAUUUGUAUGGGAAAUAACGAUAAUUUUGCUAUAACGAAUUAUCGUUAGCUUUUAGCUUAGUCACCACCAAAAUCGUUAUAAACAGGUUAAAUUUCAUGAAAAUCCUUCCAUUUUGGGAAGGAACUAAACCCUUUUUAUAUCAUGAUUACCCCACUUCGGUAUAACAUCGAACAUUUCAUGUCUGUGCGUUACGGGCUUUACCCCUUUAGGUAAAGAUUUCUAAAAGUGGAUACUUAUUUUAUAGCGAUAUUUUAAUAUAACGAUUAGAAUUCCA